ACUGCAUUUGGCUCAGUCGUCUGAGGUUGGAGAGCCUAUAGCUUUUUAUGUGGAUAAAUCCAGUGAUGGAUGGAAACACUAAAGGCAGAUCAAGGAAUAACAUUGAGGACUUCAGAUGGCGGCGAACUCCUAAAAGGAGAUUUUCACUGAUACAUUUUUUGCUCUAACGUUUGGAAUCAGCACUUGGAUAUAGCUUCUGCAUAUUUACUGCAUUUAGUGAAUGCAUGCUUUUAGGAAAACGCUGUUCUAAAUUUAUCUGACUUAUCUGAAUCAUCUUGACGGCACAUGUCCUUGCCAGCCUUGCAUGUUGAUGUUUGGCAACUUUUGUGAAGUUUGUUUCGUGUUUUCUUAGCGAGUGAGUGUUAGGUCCUUUGGAAAAGAAUCUUAGCCGAAGUGAGAAACUUUUCUGAAACAAGAAUUAUGAAAUUCCUGACUAAAGAGAGCUCCAGGCAUUAACUGUAACUAUUUUGAGAAGACUUUGACCCCUUCUGCUGCAUCCGUACCUUCUUUCCUCCCUUGUUUAAAGGCAGACAAGUGGAUAUUUUUACAGGAUUCUGAAAUUUUGACAAAGAAAACUCAGUCAGAUUCAAACCUUCACGAUUGCUCCAUAGGAAGAGAGCUCUAAGUUUUCAGAAGGAGUUCUCAUUUGAAGAUAAAGAAGAACUUGCAAACAGCACAAAGGAUAUCGAUGCUAAUCUCUUAGCAGUACUUCCAAAAGUUUCAGAAUUAAGAAAACUGUUUGAACCAAACAACCAAGAUUUUUUGGAAAUGAAAAGAAAAGAGAGAAUAGCUAGACGCUUAGAGGGAAUUGAAAAUGACGCACAACCUAUGCUUCUCCAAAACUGUCCAGGAUCGGUCACACACCGUUUACUAGAGGAAGAUACACCGAGAUAUAUGCGUGCAACUGAUCCAUACAGUCCCCACUUAGGAAGAUCAAAUGAAGAGGAGGAAACUUCAGAUUCUUCUGUAGAAAAACAACCCAGAUCAUCCAGAUACCGAGCAGAAAUCACAGGAGGUAAUACAGAGUCCUUGUAUAAUACAGGAAACAUGGAUGUCCAGGAACUAGAGUCAAAAGCAGAAAGAAUAGCUAGGUACAAGGCAGAGAGGCGGCGCCAGCUGGCAGAAAAAUACGGAUUAUCUCUUGAUUCUGAUUUGGAUUCUGACUACUCAUCCAGAUAUACACGGGCAAGGAAAGAUCCCGACAGUGUGGAAAGAAAGGGAGUGAAAAGUGAAAGGCAAGACGAUGAAAACAAGGACUGUGGCUCUCUGUAUUUGUCCAGGACUGAGACAAAGGAGUCAAAGAGUGUGGUUUCUGAAUCCAAAGAGUACUCCAGCCAUGAAAAAGAUGGUGCUCCAGGUAAAGAAGACCUUUCAAUUGAAAAGAGUGAUAGAAAAGCAGAUGACAACAGUGCCAUUAGACAGGUUUCUGACCCUUCAGCAGCCAUGGAUAGUUCUGUCUCCCUUUCACUUUCUGGACGAGAAUCUUCCUCCCAUAAUGAAGUGCCAAUAUCACCAAAGCAAACCCGCAGAGAGUCCCGUUCUUCACCGAAGCGGGCAGCCUCACCAAUCCAUUUGCAGAAUGACCAGCCCUUGCAUAGUAACAUCAGACAAAGUAGUGCAGGGAAAGCAAAACCUGAAUGGUUUCUUCAGAAAGAUUCAGAAGGGGACACACCUUCACUUAUCAGCUGGCCCUCCAGAGUAAAAGUUAGAGAAAAACUGGUGAAAGAGGAAAGUGCUCGUGGAAGCCCUGAACUUGCCACAGACACAGUAUCUCAGAGAAAAUCCCAUCCAGUGCCAGCCCACUACAUGCCUCUUCAGACAGAAACGUCUGCCUUUGAUAGGGUUAUAAAUCAGCCCGUCAGUUCAGUCCGCCAACCAAUACAUGGCUAUAUUCAGCCUGCUGGCAUUGCUCACACAGCUCAGCUGAUGGCAACAGAAGAACAAGCAAACAUCUCUGUUGGCAACCACCUCCCCCCAGACACCGUUAGCCUCUUGACAAAAUCGUCAGCUGCCACCACAUCAGAGAGUGAAAAGAAAGAGGCACUUGGUUAUGGAGCAAAGCCUGAUGAAGAUUCCUUGGAGGGCGAGCAGGCUUCCAAAGGCAGAAGACCAAUUUUGCCAUCUGAGAUCCGCAAGCAGGGGAAGAACCAUGAAGGCCACUUUGGAGGAGGAGACCUGGAUACCGCGGUGGGGAGUUCCUCUUUCGCAAGCAAGCUGAAAGCUAACUCCGAAGUUCAGAGAGAGCUGGAGAGCAGCAAGAGGCAGGCUCCUGAGCAGCAGUUCAAGACCCCUGAGAACGUAGAAAGGAGUGAAGCUGUCAUGUACAUACAGAGUGGGUCUGUAUCACAGCCGGCCAAGGGCAAAGCUCCUGUUUGGAAAGUGUCGACAGCAAAGCAUAAAGUCCUGACUCGCUCAAUGUCUGACUAUACUGUGGCUACUAAGUUAGAAGGUUUUAAAAGUAAGGAGAGCAUGGAAGCAGAUGCACCCAACGGUGAGAUUGGCACAGUUGACACAAAAGUCUCUGUUGCCCAGCUCCGUAAUGUCUUUCUGGAGACUGCUAAUGCCAACAAGAAAACGGACCUUGAAUCUCGGUUUGAGAUGUCAACGGCAGGUAGCGCUUUGUCUGCCAAUGGUGACCGUGAAAGAGGGACACGAAAGCCAAGGCGCUAUUUUUCUCCUGGUGAAAAUAGAAAGACUUCUGAGAGAUUUAAAACCCAACCUAUAACAUCAGCAGAACGAAAGGAGACAGAUAGGUCGAUUUUGAGUGUAGAAAUACCAACUGCUGAAGAUGAAGAAAAAUUGGAUGACCGAGCCAAACUAAGCGUAGCUGCAAAGAGGCUGCUUUUUAGAGAAAUGGAAAAAUCAUUUGAAAUGAAAAAUAUUCCUAAGCCACCUACAAGAAGUUCAGCAGUAGAGAGAAGACUGCGGCGUUUGCAGGAUAGAUCGCACACACAACCAAUUACCAGUGAGGAAGUGGUCAUUGCAGCUACUGAAUCUACCCCUGCUUCACGUUCUGUGAAUAGCCACACAGUAGUGACAAGAGUACCUAGUCCCUCUGUAGUUAAGAGCACUGUACAACCUACCAGCUUGCAGGCAUCAGCACACCAAAAAAUUUUAGCGAAAGAGGAGAUAAGAGCAGCCAAAGAGGCGGUGGGGCAAGAUCAGUCGGAUGAACCAGAUUCUUCCACCUUAAGUUUGGCAGAAAAAAUGGCUUUGUUUAACAGACUGUCUCAACCAGUGUCCAGGGCCAUCUCCACAAGGAGUCGAGGAGAUAUUAGGCACAGGAGAAUGAAUGCUCGUUACCAAACUCAGCCAGUCACUCUUGGGGAAGUUGAGCAGAUGCAAUGGAAAAAGAGUAAUCUGGUACAAAGUGAAAGUGAAAAAAUUACUCCCCUGCCAGCUGCAGUUGCAACAUCAGUUUCAACGAUGGCAUCUGCCCUUUCUCCGCUGCGUGCUGGAGACCUGCACAUGAAGCCAGCUGGUGAUGGAAGCGUGAGUGCUGCCGCUAGAGCUGAUUUGAGAUUCCACUCUCCAGCAGAAAAGUCAGACUCUUCAGGAAAGCGGACACAGAAGUCAGAACAGUGGCAGCCCUCAGUGGAAGCACUAGAAAGCAACAGAACAUCAAAGAAGCAUGAAGAAGAGAGAAAGAGGUUUCUAGCACAUGAAGACCACGCUGAACCUACUUCUGAACUCACCAGCACGUCAGCAAUGAGGACAGCUUCACAAAGUGCAGCUGUGGCAUCCUGUAGGCUGCAGGACCUCUCUGAACAAUUGGAAGGCAAAUUUUAUAAGAAUUCCUGUGAAAUGUUUUCCAUCGGAGACAACAAAGCACAAACAACUGAGGAUGAUAAUUCAAGCAAAACAAUGUCGAUUAAGGAAAGGUUGGCAUUGCUGAAGAAGAGUGGUGAAGAAGAUUGGAAGAGCAGGCUCAGCAAAAAGCAGGAGUAUGCGAAAGUGUCUGUUACUGACCGUAGCGCGCAGAUACAAGAAGUUGAGCAGCUGUUGAAGAAGGAACCUGUAUAUGCUUCUACUUACUCUCCCAUUAUACCUGCUCUCCAUAAAUUUCAUCCUUUUCUACCUAUUAAUCAGGUCUGUAGUACUAGUUUGAAAGAAUCGAGCUCUCUGAUUUCUGAUGAACGUCAUCCUUGGAGAUGGAAGAGAAUGGCAGAUAACCAGGAGAGUCAGAUGACCAUUGAAGAAAGGAAACACCUAAUUACAGCUCGAGAAGAAGCCUGGAAGUCCAAGGGUAAAGGAGCAGCCAAUGACUCCACGCAAUUCACUGUAGCUGGCCGAAUGGUAAAAAAAGGCCUGGCUUCUCCAAGUGCGCUAACGCCAGUAGCAUCCCCUUUCAGUAACCGGCAGAAGUCUACCACUCCGGUGACGAAGCCCUUGGAAGAAAUUGAAGCCAGGCCUGAUAUGCAAUUGGAAUCAGAUAUGAAGCUUGACAAGUUGGAGUCAUUCUUGGGAAGGCUGAAUAACAAAGUUGCUGGGAUGCAGGAGACAGUGCUGACAGUCACAGGAAAAUCUGUGAAAGAGGUGAUGAAGCUGGAUGAUGAUGAAACAUUUUCCAAAUUUUAUCGCCAUGUGGAUUUCCCUUCCUCCUCAGUGCCUUUGGACCUUGAUGAGGACUUUGAUGCCAUCUUUGAUCCUUAUGCACCAAAGCUAAUAUCUUCUGUAGCAGAGCACAAACGUGCAGUUAGGCCUGUGCGCAGAGUCCAGUCCUCAAGAAACCCCCUGAAAAUGCUAGCAGCAAGAGAAGAUAUUCUUCAUGAAUAUACUGAACAAAGACUGAAUGUUGCCUUCAUGGAGUCAAAGCGAAUGAAAGUAGAAAAAAUGUCUACAAACUCAAAUUUCUCAGAAGUAGCACUUGCUGGCUUGGCAAGCAAAGAGAACUUCAGCAACGUUAGCCUGCGGAGUGUUAAUCUAACAGAGCAGAACUCUAACAACAGCGCUGUGCCAUACAAGAAGCUAAUGCUGCUGCAAAUUAAAGGAAGAAGACAUGUUCAAACAAGAUUAGUCGAACCAAGGGCCUCGUCACUGAACAGCGGAGACUGUUUCCUGUUGUUAACUCCACAUUUCUGUUUCUUAUGGGUAGGAGAGUUUGCAAAUGUCAUAGAAAAAGCAAAGGCUUCAGAACUUGCAACUUUGAUUCAGACAAAGAGGGAACUUGGCUGUAGAGCUUCUUAUAUACAGACUAUAGAAGAAGGAAUAAAUACCCAUACCCAUGCAGCCAAAGACUUCUGGAAACUCCUUGGUGGACAGACAAAUUACCAGUCUGCUGGCAGUCCUGAAGAAGAUGAAAUGUAUGAAUCUGCAAUAAUAGAAACAAAUUGCAUUUACCGCCUCGUAGAAGAUAAACUCAUUCCUGAGGAUGACUACUGGGGGAAGGUGCCAAAAUGUACCCUGCUACAACCAAAAGAGGUGCUGGUAUUUGAUUUUGGCAGUGAAGUGUAUGUUUGGCAUGGAAAGGAAGUUACUUUAGCACAAAGAAAAGUGGCAUUCCAGCUGGCAAAGCACUUGUGGAAUGGCACCUUUGACUACUCCAAUUGUGACAUAAAUCCUCUGGACCCAGGGGAAUGCAAUCCUCUCAUACCCAGAAAGGGACAAGGACGUCCAGACUGGGCUGUGUUUGGCAGACUCACAGAACAUAACGAGACCAUACUGUUCAAAGAAAAAUUUCUUGAUUGGACAGAGCUGAAGAAACUCGAGAAAAGUUCUAGUGAAUCCCUUCACCAGAAGGAAGAUUCCAGACCUGACUGUAAACCAUAUGAUGUCAUGCUAAUGGUAGCUGUGCCCCAAACGACUGUAGGCACAGUCUUAGAUGGAAUGAAUAUUGGCCGGGGCUAUGGACUUGUAGAAGGAGAAGAUGGGAGGCAGUUUGAAAUUAUCACUGCGUCUGUGGAUGUCUGGCACAUCCUGGAAUUCGAUUAUAGCAGACUGCCGAAGCAAAGCAUAGGGCAGUUCCAUGAGGGAGACACAUAUGUGGUAAAGUGGAAGUACAUGGUGAGCACUACAGUUGGAAGCAGGCAAAAAGGAGAGCAACAAGUAAGGGCUGUUGGAAAAGAGAAAUGUGUGUAUUUCUUUUGGCAAGGAAGGCACUCCACAGUGAGUGAGAAAGGGACAUCAGCACUGAUGACAGUCGAACUUGAUGAAGAGAGAGGAGCACAGGUCCAAGUGCUUCAAGGGAAAGAACCACCAUGCUUCCUGCAGUGCUUCCAAGGAGGGAUGAUUGUGCAUGCUGGAAGAAGGGAAGAGGAAGAAGAAAAUGCACAAAGUGACUGGAGGCUAUAUUGCGUGCGAGGAGAAGUUCCCAAUGAAGGAAAUUUACUUGAAGUAGCAUGUCACUGCAGCAGCCUGCGUUCCCGGACAUCCAUGAUUGUCCUCAAUAUAAAUAAAGCUCUUAUCUACCUGUGGCAUGGCUGCAAAGCACAAUCUCACACCAAGGAUGUAGGAAGAACAGCAGCCAAUAAAAUAAAAGAACAAUGUCCACUGGAGGCAGGGCUGCACAGCAGCAGCAAGGUGACUAUUCAUGAAUGUGAUGAAGGAUCAGAGCCCUUAGGAUUCUGGGACGCAUUAGGAAGGAGAGAUCGAAAGGCCUAUGAUUGCAUGUUGCAAGAUCCUGGAAAGUUUAAUUUCACCCCCCGCCUGUUCAGCCUCAGUAGUUCAUCAGGAGAGUUCUCAGCCACCGAGUACGUUUACCCUUCAAGAGACCCUGCUGUCAUCAAUUCCAUGCCAUUCUUGCAAGAGGAUCUUUACACUGCCCCACAGCCAGCACUGUUCCUUGUUGACAAUCACCAUGAAGUGUACCUGUGGCAAGGCUGGUGGCCUGUGGAAAACAAAAUAGCCGGAUCAGCUCGAAUCAGGUGGGCCACAGACAGGAAAUGCGCCAUGGAGACAGUGCUCCGGUACUGCAAAGGAAAAAAUGUAAAGAAGCCCCCCAAAUCUUAUCUAAUUCAUGCUGGCCUAGAGCCUCUGACCUUCACUAACAUGUUCCCAAGUUGGGAACACAGGGAAGACAUCGCAGAGAUCACAGAAAUGGAUGCUGAUGUUUCUAAUCAGAUAAUCCUUGUGGAGGACGUGCUCGCCAAACUGUGUAAAACGGUGUAUCCGCUCGCAGAUCUCUUAGCCAGGCCUCUACCUGAGGGAGUUGAUCCACUGAAGCUUGAAAUUUACCUUUCAGAUGAGGACUUUGAGGCUGCGUUGGAGAUGACAAGAGAAGAGUACAAUGCGCUGCCGUCUUGGAAGCAGGUUAAUCUGAAGAAGGCAAAAGGACUUUUCUAACUUGUGUUUAUUGGAGUGAGCACUAAAGGGAUGUCUGUUUUCACUUUCUAUGCCCUUUACAAGAAUUGUACCCCACAUUUACAGAAUAAAUAGAAAUAAUCUGAAGUUAUUAGUGACUACCUAUCUGGAGGUGUGUAAUAUUAUAAAAAGCCAAGAGAACUCUUUGGAAAUGGAAUUCAAUUUUGACUCUUAAAGGUUAUGUGUUCAAGCUCUGCUCUCCUAUGCACUUAAACAGUAGUUUCUUGACCUACUGCUGCAGGUGUCCUUUGGCUAUAUACAAUACUUGCCAUUUUUGUUUUUGAAGAAGUUCUCUUUGUAAAGUGUUAUUUUGUUAGUUUGUGGAUUACAAAGAAUUUAUAUUUAUAUAAACACAUAGAACAAGUAUGUAUUUAACAAUGCAAUAUAUAUUCACUUUCAAGACUUUCAUGUCAAAACUACAGAAAAGUAGCUGGAUGGCAGUUGCUCGUACUGAACUAGCUAUACCACCAAUAUGUAUCUCCUACGCAUUCUGAAAAGUUUCUCUCUGCAAUAGGUAAUGAAUUGUUCUCAGUGCUGCUUCAGGUGCUAAACCGAACAAAGCAUUUGUAUUUAUAGCAUGGAUUUCUUGAGAAACUAUGCGAAUCAACCUUUAUACUUUAUUAUCCAAAAAAUGUAUAGUGCCUUGUUUUUUGUGUACAGUUUAUAUACAAAAAAAUAAGAUUGGUCUGCUUUUUGAAGAUGGCUUAGAAUGGUCUCCUAUGUUACUUUUAUAAUAGUAGAAAUAAAAACAUCUCAGUUUCUAAUACUUGUUGUAAACAUUAAACGUCUUUUGUGAUAUAAGAACCAAAAGUAAAAGCUUCUGAAUAAACUCGUAGCAACGC